AUGUUCUUUAGAAGAUCACCUGUUGCUAUAAUCGACCAUCGACGUAGGUGUCAUUACAGAGGAUAUUCCAUGCUGAGGGAAUACAGGCUGCGACGUCUUGGUCACUUUCACGGCAAUAACCGAUAUGCAGAAUCUCAAGCAGAAUCUCAGCAACAUGCUCCCACUUCCAUAGUCAUAGACACUCCGUCCGAGAAUAGAGAGAGCAAAGAAUGCAUCACUGUCGACGGGGAAAUAAUACCAGAAGAACCCAAGUUCCCCGAUAAUUGUUGCAUGAGUGUAUUGGAUAUAUAUCAAGAAGAAGUAGAAGAGUGGAAGGCAAAGAUAAACGACAUAAGAGAUCGCCUCUUACGUGAAGGUAAACCGUUACCACCCAUUCUUGCAAAACAGCAAUCGGAUAUGCCGCAAGAUGACGUUGAUCCGGGUUUGAAAGCGCUCAUGGAAUUAGAAAAGAAAUUGGCAGCGCAGAGAAAGGGAUAG